UGCAGCCUAAAAGAGACCAUGUCCUGUACGUCACCUUCCCUAAAGAAUGGAAGACGAGUGACCUGUACCAGCUUUUCAGUGCCUUUGGUAACAUCCAGGUGUCAUGGAUAGAUGACACGUCGGCUUUUGUGUCCCUCAGUCAGACAGAGCAGGUGCAGAUAGCUAUGAACACCAGCCGCUAUGCAGAGAGCUACAGGAUCCAGACGUAUGCAGAGUACAUUCAGGGUAAGCAUCAGGACAAGGAAAAGCCUGGCCAGACAACCAAAACCUGGGGUGAGGACGGCUGGGUGAAACCUCACCACUACUCUACUUCUGCUGGGUUUGGAUACCCCAGGAGGAAGCGCAGCAUCAGUCCCAUUCAAGGAGAACAAGGAACUGGAGAGGCUCCGGUUUUAGACCCCUGGAAUAACUACUCGUUCUCAGACAGCACAGGAAAAAAGAAGAUGAAAUUUGAUGAUGCAACUGAACAGGCAAAUGUUGACGCCAUUGAGAGCAAAACCUCAGAGGGGUGGCUAAAGAUAACGGAGGCAUCACAUUCAGCUGAGUCAAGUCCAGCCCUAGGCAAGAAAAGUCCUGAAGGCAAAGAUCCAGGCAGUUGUGCUGAUGGGACGAGCACCUGGCAACAAACUCCGGUUUCAACAAAAAAAGGUCAAAAGAACAAGAAAAAGAAGUCCGACGCAACUGAAUCUGCAGCGUCAUUGUUUGAAGUCCCAGAAGUCUGGUAGCGAGAGGUGAGGAGCAGCAAAGCCACAAUCUUAUCCUGGGCUCGUGCUCUCUUCUUAGCAGUUGGAGCUCUCUCCUUUAGAGUCGCACAGCGCUACGAGAUCUACAUGCCCCAAAUUAAUUUGUUCACUCACCGCUGUAGAUGCAGUGUCACCAAUACCAGCCAACCAU